CAAGAAGCAGGAAAAGUCCGAGUCCGAGACGGGACAAUGGCAACAUGGGUAAUCUCUCUGCUCUGUGCAUUCGCGGUUCUCUCGCUUUCCUCUGCGUGCUACAUCCAGAACUGCCCCAGAGGUGGGAAGCGCUCAUUCCCAGAUGCUGUCCCCAGGCUGUGUAUGGCGUGCGGUCCUGGAGAUAAGGGACGGUGUUACGGCCCCGAUAUCUGCUGUGGAAAAGGACUGGGCUGCAUGAUCGGAUCUCCGGCGACGGCUCGCUGUUUGCAGGAAGAAUAUCUGCUGUCACCGUGUGAGUCUGGAGGAAAACCAUGUGGACCUCAAGAGGGUCGCUGCGCUGCGCCUGGGGUUUGCUGCAACUCAGAGAGCUGUAAGCUGGAUUCAGACUGCAUGGAGGAAAGCGAACAAGAUGAUGUAGCUGAAAGAAACAGCUUCCUGGGUGGGUCACGGGGAGAGCUGCUGUUGCACAUCCUCCAUCCCGGCAGGGCACGCAGUCCAUAUUAAACUCCUUUAACACACACACACACACUCACACAGAGAUUUACUGACUUACACGACGCUGACACAAGAGGAUCUGUUUAUCUAAUGAUUUCUUCUGAAUCACACACACCGAGUUUGAGUCCCCGCUCUGUCGAUCUUCACCGUACGCAGCGACGUGCUGCAGAAUGUCGAACUGCUUCUACGGAUAUAUGCACCGUACACGUCGAUCUAUUCGAAAUGUAAAUAUACUACACAGCCAAUAAAAUUGCUCUUGCA